GCAUGUAAAUAACAUAAUUUUUCAGCCGUGCGAUCAUUUUUUGUGUGUGUUGUGCAAUGUUAAUCUAACGGUUUAAGAUAUGGAAUAAGGUCCACUGUUUUUUCAAUAAAUAUAGUAGGUCCCACAAAAUUCAACUCCAAAAGAUUGACCACGAAAUUUAAAAUGGUAAAAGAACAUUAAUUAUUAUAUACACCACUCAAAAUAUAAAAUUAUGUUGAUAAUUAAUUUUUUGGAAAAAAUAUUUUACAACCAAUAGUAGGAUUUCAAAAUGUUACUUCCUCCAUUCCAUUAUAUGAUUUUUUUCAUUUUAAAAUAUUGUUUAAUUUUUGCAGUAUACCAUAUAAUUUUCAUUGGUUGAUUAAUGUAAAAAGAUCAUAAAAUCUAUAAUUUAUAUGAUUUCUCAAAAUUUAUGUUUGUAGAAAAAUAAAUUGAAUUUUUGUUGUGAUCUAACAAAAAAACUUGUAUAAUGAAAUAUAAACUAGAAAGAAUAUUGAAACUUUGUUUUUAUAUGUGAUACUUAACAUUGCCUCAUUAUAAGUUUCUCAAAUUUUGCCAUAGACAAAUUCAUGUCACUACAUAUUUAAUGACUAAAUAACAAUAUGCAUCCAAUUUAUUAGUAUAAAUAUUUUGAAAUAAAUAAUACUCAAAAACGGUUGAAGAUUUAUGUAAAACAACUUUUUAUAGAAUAAAAUAAUAUAUAGUAAAAAAACCAAUGUUAUUUGCUAAAAUUAUCUUUCAGAAACUUUAAAGUUUAUUAUUCAAUAUAAACUAUGUAUAAGAGAUAAACUAAAAUUACUCUAAUUAAAAAAAAAAAAGAUAACAAGGUGAACACUACAGUAGAAGCCAAAUGAUAUGAUGAUAUUGAAUAGGAAGUUUCAAUUUUGUAACUGGAUAGUUGAGACUAUAUACCAUAGUAAUAACAAUGAUAGGCUUUUAACCAAUGACAUUUAAAUCCAAAAGAGACAGUCUAUCAAAUUAUUCUAACAUACAAAUCUUAAUCGUUGUAAAGUAUUAAACCCGUUAAACUAUCUUGUCAUUAUCUUACUUUAAUUUUACUUCUUUUAUGACGUAAUCAAUUAUAAAAUUAUAAAAUACAUAAAUAUAAAAAGGUGAAUACUAUUUAUUAACUAUAAUAAAUUGAAUAAAAGUAAGGAAUCAAACCAGAAAGUACCUUUGGCGUGUGGCAUGACCUGAUGUUAGAAAUUUGUGGGCCUUUGCAUGAUGUCCACUUGUACCUAAAGAGGUCUUAGAUCCAGCAUUAAACAUGGCCGGGAAACGGCAUGUUUGUCACUUUCCAUCUCUUACUAGAAAAAAAAACAUCACGUAUUCUAGAGUCUGUUCAACCCCUAUAUGUGAGUAGGAAGGUUUGGAAAUGUUUGAACCGUUUUGAAAUAAACUAUCACUGCGUAGUAGAAACGGAAGCUGGAGAAAUAUUGAUAUGUUAGACCAUCAUUGGCGAAAGAUUCUAAGAAUUUCUCAAAAUAUAUUUUAACAACUAAACAUUAUCAGUCACUAAACAAUAUGACGGUGUUGCAAGAGUCUUUCACAAAUGUUAAGGGAAUCUCUUAUUUUAAUUGAUGAAAAACUUCAAAAAACUCACUAAUGUUAAAAAAAUAAUAAAUAUGUGAAGUUUCAUUAUUAAGAACAAUGACAAAAGAGAUAAAAAUAAUUUUAAACGCUCAAAACCUAUUACAUCUAUGAAAGCUGAUUAAGCAGAGGGCUUAAAAAUCCAAAAAAGAAAAAUUUAUAGAUAAGAAGGUUUAAUCAAAACACUAAGGCUAUGAUUAAAGCUUCGCUAAGGCAAAUUCUACUAGCAACAACAAUUAAUCCUAAUAGAUCUAACACAAAAUCUGUCACAAGAGACCUACAACAAGAGCAAUAAUUAUUAUAGUAUAAUAGCCGGAGAACAGUCCAAAGAUCAGUCCAAAAGCAACUCCGAGAGGUAGACAUGUAAAGCAGGUUGACCAGGCCCCGGUCUGGUUAUCACCCAAUGAGUCAUCUCCUAACGUUGUUACUUCCAGAAGAGAACUAUAUGAUUCGCUAUAAAUUCCAAUCCAAAGAGGUGAGACUAGCAUAAUAAAGCACAGAGCAGUACUGGCAGAUGGAAGCAAAGGUAAGGCACUCGACUCCUUCACACGAGUAACACUUUAAAGAAUGUGGCUUCAGAAAAACGUAGAGACAGAGCAAGAAAAGUCAUCCUUCUUCUGGGACAUGAAGCACAGAAAAGCCAAAUUUCUAAAAAAAACAGGCGGCGAGAGGCAACCAUGCUAUGCUGUCAGAGAAUCAGAGUCGAAGAUAGCAAAUAAGUUUGACGUCCAUUCUCUCUACUAAUGCCACUGAAAAGCUUAGGGUCAUCAAUCAGAAUAAUCACAUAAGUUUGAAAGUUGUCCCUUCGAUUAUCAUCCAAAGAAUAAGUACGUUCAAAGUACUUGCGACACUUCCGAGGAAAGCCUACAAGUCUCAGUGGCUUUUCCACACUAUUGGUGAUAUAAUAGAAGGCAGAUCCAUUGGUAGUAUUUGAGAAAGUAUCUAUCAAUUAAAAAAAUUAUAAUAAUAAUGAAAAAAAAAAUAAUGAACUUUUGUCAGAAAUGGUUCUUAUUUGAAUUGCCGUAACAAAAGUAAAAAAAAAACUAUUUCCCACAUGUCAUUAAAUGAUUCACACUGCUCAUCUUAUUGUUUUAAAUCUAGUUAGAUAAUAAAAUUAUUAUACGCAUAUUAGAGCAUCAUUAAUGGGGGUGUUUAGAGGGGAGAGCUUAGGAAAAAACUAAUAUAAUAGUGGGUGGAACCCACACAAAAAUUAAGUACAUGUGCUUCUUCUGCCUAAUUAAGCACCGGUUCUAGCUCUGUUUCACGGAUCCCACUGACACGUCGCAGUCUACUAUUGGUUCAUUUUUAAUUAUUUUUUUUAAAUCAGAGAAAGAAAAAAAAUAUUAAGCACCCCACUUUAGGGUUAAUGAUGCUCUUACUAUUAUAUUUACUGAGAUACUACUUACAUUAUCCAAUGAUCGAGAAUGAUUUGACAAGGGUGGUGUCUAAAAAUGUCUAAAAUUUGUUGGUUAUGAUUUUUUAUAAAGUUAUUUAACCUGUUAAUUAAUUUGUAUAUGCCUUUUUUAUAAUUAGUUUGAUGUUCCCUUCCAUCUUCGACAGUUUGUUUGUGAGUUUACUCUGAUCUUUAAGUUGUUUAGGUAUUUUGUUCCUUAAUCAUGGAAGUUGUAUGUUUGGUCCCGGAAGAAUGUUUCUUGCUGGUUUGGUUUCCUUUAAUCUUUGAGGCUUUGGACUCUCGUAUAAUGUUCGGACUUACAUAUAUCUAAAUUUUUUGGAUCGAAACAAAUAAAAAAUCAAAUUAACAUUAAUCAAAUUAUGAGCGUACGAUGAGCCACACUUGGUAGAGUUAUGGAGCCUAGCUAAACUCUCCAACUAUAAGUCUGGACGAUAUAAGAUUCAUAUUGUUCGAUUUGGAUUUAGAUCUGGGGACAUCAUAUUCGAUAAUCCUCAUCUGGGCCACACUUUCCGAUGCCAAACGACCUCAUAGUCAUGGUACAUUUCGUUUUUUACAUUAUAAUUUUAUAGACUAACCAAAAGAAAACAUUAAAAUUUUGUUAUUUUGACGUAUCUCUUUCCCUCUUGGUGCACAUUGUUAUAUGACAUCUUAUACCUAUCGACAAUAGUUAAGGUUUUUUUGGGACCAGAAUAGAACUAUUACUUGCAUGCAUAUGAUGAUUCUACCAAUGGGAUAUGCUGGGUCCCAAAGUCGAACUUUGUCCAUAAAUAGACGGUCCAGAUUUAGUGUAAUCGAUUUUUAAAUUAACAUCCACUGUUGAAGGAAGUCAAAGAGGGGUAAAAUCGUAAAUGAAUUAAUAUAAUCCACUGGUGGAACUGAUCCGAUAACAGAAACAUUCUGUUUGUUCUUUUUUCUAGGGAAAAUUAUAGAAACUACACACGGCCAUGUUUUAGGAUUGUCGCGAGAAAGUAAGCGGGCAUGGGAAGAGCGUUCGUGUAUGUGAUCGUGGGAGGAGGUGUUGCUGCUGGUUACGCAGCUCUCGAAUUCACAAGGAAAGGUGUCUCCGAUGGCGAACUCUGCAUCAUCUCCGAUGAACCCGUUGCACCAUAUGAGAGGCCCGCGUUAAGCAAAGGUUUUCUCUUACCAGAAGAUCCUACACGGCUUCCUUCUUUCCACACAUGUGUUGGGGCUAAUGAUGAGAUACUCACCCCAAAAUGGUACAAGGAACAUGGAAUUGAAUUAGUCCUUGGAACUCGUGUUAAGUCCGUUGAUGCGAGGAGGUUGACUCUUGUAACAAGCACCGGGGAGACUAUAACUUACAACUUUUUGAUCAUUGCAACAGGUGCCAGGGCGCUGAAGCUCGAAGAGUUUGGGGUGGAAGGCUCGGAUGCUGAAAAUGUAUGUUACUUACGAGAUCUGAGCGACGCAGACAGGCUUGCCACUGCGAUCCAAUCAAGCUCCAAUGGGAAUGCUGUUGUUAUCGGUGGUGGCUAUAUUGGCAUGGAGUGUGCUGCAUCUUUAGUGAUCAACAAAAUCAAUGUCACUAUGGUUCUUGCAGGGGCUCACUGCAUGGCGCGUCUCUUUACUCCCAAGAUUGCAACUUUCUAUGAAGACUACUACAUGGGUAAAGGAGUGAAGUUUAUCAAAGGAACUGUUUUGACAUCAUUUGAGUUUGAUUCGGAUAAAAAGGUCACGGCAGUUAAUCUCAAAGAUGGGAAUCAGUUACCAGCAGAUUUGGUCGUGGUUGGAAUCGGAAUACGACCAAACAUAAGCUUGUUUGAAGGACAGCUAAUAAUAGAGAAAGGAGGGAUAAAAGUGAACAGCCAAAUGCAGUCAAGUGAGAGCUCAGUGUAUGCAAUAGGCGAUGUAGCUACAUUCCCAGUGAAACUAUAUGGCGAAAUGAGGAGGCUAGAGCAUGUGGACUUCGCUAGGAAAUCUGCACGGCACGCAGUUUCAGCGAUCAUGGAGCCAGAGAAGACAGGAGAGUUUGACUACUUGCCGUGUUUCUACUCAAGGUUCUUUGCCUUCUCCUGGCAGUUCUAUGGAGACCAUGUUGGUGAAGUUGUGCACUUUGGGGAGUAUGAUGAAGGUAAAGUGUUUGGAGCAUAUUGGGUUAAAGAGGGUCACCUUGUUGGGUGUUUUCUUGAAGGUGGGACCAAAGAACAGUAUGAAACUAUCUCUAAGGCAACACAGUUGAAACCAGCUGUUACUGAUAUGGAAGAACUGGAAAGAGAAGGACUCGGGUUUACUCAGACAGUGGUGAGUCAGCAGGUGGUUACUGAAGUUAAGGAUGUUCCAAGCUCUGAGAUUGUGAGGCAGACGUCAAGAGUUGUGAGUCUUGUGACGGUGGAGAAGCCUUUGCAUGUAUGGCACGCGGUGACUGGAGUUGUUGUUGCUGCAUCUGUGACUGCGUUUGCUUUUUGGUAUGGUAGGAGACGUCGUAGAUGGUGAAAUAAUUCAAUGGCAGGGCAGUGCCUGAGAUUUUCUCGACUAGAAGCGAUACAUUUUUUUGGCGCCUUAAAAUUUUCAACUAGAAAUUUUAAUUUUUAAAAAAUAUUAUCAUUGAAUAAUAUUAAAAAGUUUAAUACAUAAUUUUUAAUUGACAACUUCUAUAAUUAAUUAACAUUUUGUGACAUAAUCAAUCAUCAAUAUAAUUUGAUGAA